GUCUGCUUGUCUCUAGCGGGUGACUAAAAAACAAAACCGCCGAUCGACCGAUAUAUACAUACAUACAUACAACAAAGCCAAAGCAGUCAACGACAACGGCAACCAACCACCAGGCGUUCGUUCGGAACUUGCAUGCAUUUACCGUGCUACGCGCUUGCCUACCGUUUGCCAGUCGCUCUCACAUUUCGUGUAAACUCAGUCGCGGUGUGUGCGCGUGUUGUGUGCUCCUGCUGCCUCGUCUAAUAACAACUCAAAUUGUGUUUUGAUUACGAAUUCUUUUGGUGUUCAUAUUCUAUUUCAUCGACAUACAUACACACAUAUGUAUAUAUAGUGUAACUAUAGCGAUAGCAGCCAAAAUCAGCAAUAAAUUAAAUCAAGCUAAAGACAAAACAAAAAAACAGCAUUCUUUGCAAUCAUUGAUGUGCCAUUGUCGCUUGAAUAACUGAGGUGCGCACGUCAGUUGUCAAAAAAAUACGAUAUAAAUAAACAACAACAAACCGGGCAAAGGCAAUAACAUUUAUGCGCGGUGUCGUCAUCAUAGACAAACAGACCAAAUAUAAACAUUUAAUUCGCGCUACCAAGUGAAUACGUACAACAAACAGCAGCAAUAACAACAGUGAAAACAAAACAACAACACUUCGGGAAUGUGGCGCAGCACACAUGUUAACGUUGACAUUACAAAUAAUGCUGGGAGUGGCGCCGCCGGCGCUGGUGGGGGCGGCAUACAACGCAGCUCAUCAUCGACACAUUUUCAAAAAAAUCACCAGCAACAACUUCAUCAUGCACAUCAAAAGCAUUACAAUGAUGGCACAACAGCAACAAACACACAAACAACACCUGUCGGAAUGACCUCAAAGCAAAUGUCCCAAUUGCAACGCGAUCGUUUCUCCUCCUCACAGGCCAUUCUACAAGAUGCCAUAGCCGAAUCGAAGAUAAGUUUGCAUGUGAAUUAUCGGCAUAGCGGCGUCAAUGGCAACAGCAACAGUAGCAGCAACAACAACACCAACACAAACAAUAGUAGUAGUAGUAACAAUAAAACGGAUCAUCACAGCGGUGCCAUAUCGGCACAGCCACGCCCGCGUCCCGUCUCCAUGUACGAGCAGUAUCGUUCGCGGCCAUAUAGCGGCGCUUUGGACUCGCCACCGCCACUAACGCCAACAGCAGCGGCCGCUAUAGCGCUCGGCCGCAGCGAGAGUUUUUAUUUUGGUGAGAGCGCACAAAAUGUGGCCGCUUUGCGGCAACAACAUCAACAAAUGCAAUUUCAACAUAACAGCAACAACAACAACAAGUCAUAUCAACUACCACAACAGCAGCAGCAGCAACAACAACAGCAACGUUAUGCUAAGCAAAUGCAGGCGUCAAACACUGUUACCGCCGUAAACGUUGGAAAAUCGCCAGCACGACGUGCAAAUCUGCGCCAAUCUCCCAGCGAACUGAAAGUGGAUCCCGAGCUAAUUUUCACGAAACAAGAGAGGAUCGGGAAAGGUUCCUUCGGCGAGGUAUUCAAAGGCAUCGACAAUCGAACGCAACAGGUCGUGGCGAUCAAAAUAAUUGAUUUGGAAGAGGCGGAAGAUGAGAUCGAAGAUAUACAACAGGAAAUUAUGGUACUGUCACAAUGUGACUCACCGUUCGUUACAAAGUACUAUGGAUCGUAUCUUAAGGGUACAAAGCUAUGGAUAAUUAUGGAGUAUUUAGGCGGCGGUUCAGCGCUGGAUCUAAUGAAAGCUGGUUCUUUCGAGGAAAUGCACAUCGCAAUCAUAUUGCGAGAAGUGCUAAAGGGUCUGGACUAUCUGCAUUCGGAACGCAAAUUACAUCGAGACAUCAAAGCGGCCAAUGUAUUGCUAAGCGAAAUGGGUGAUGUAAAGUUGGCUGAUUUCGGUGUUGCCGGCCAGUUGACGAACACAACGUCGAAACGGAAUACAUUCGUAGGUACACCAUUUUGGAUGGCACCCGAAGUGAUAAAACAGUCCAUGUACGAUUCCAAAGCGGACAUUUGGUCACUGGGCAUCACAGCAAUUGAAUUGGCCAAGGGUGAGCCGCCCAAUUCGGAGUUGCAUCCAAUGAGAGUUUUAUUUUUGAUACCGAAGAAUAAUCCUCCACAACUAACGGGAAACUAUACGAAAUCGUUUAAAGAUUUUGUGGAAGCGUGCCUUAACAAGGAUCCUGAAAAUAGACCGACAGCCAAGGAACUAUUGAAAUAUCCUUUUAUCAAGAAAGCCAAGAAGAACUCGUACCUUAUUGAUUUAAUUGAUCGUUAUAAAAAAUGGAAGCUGCAGAAGGGUGAUGAAAGCGAAACAGAAUCGGAGAAUUCAGAUUCUGACGAAUCGAAACCUGGCGGCAAUAAUGACGAACCUUGGAUAAUGACCGUUAAAGGGCUCAGCAACAAUAAGGCACCACGCGAAUCGAUUGCCAAUAGCAGCUUUAAGGAGAUGGAACACAUGAAAAUAGCACAGAAAUUAUCACAAAGCAGCGGAGCAACGCCGAUCGCAAUUAAUGCGGCCAACAAACACUAUCCGGGUAGUGGCGCAACUUCGGUAGCGUUGUCACCGUCCGCCACAUCGCAACAACAGCAAUUGCACGACAACAUGGCGGGCAGUCCGCCUCAACAAUCAACAUCAUCGUCCACGUCCGCAGCUACACAACGCGAUACCAACUUAAAUCAUUACAAACAAGCAGCGGCUUCGGCUGGUGUCAUACGCUCAUCCAGCUCUAAUAUAGCGCAUCAACCGCUCAGUCCAACACAUAAGCAAUCGUCGGGCAGCCAAGAACUGCUAUCGUCGUCGAGCGGCAGCAAUUCGCCAAAUGCUGAUGGCAUGAAGAAGAUCAGUAAUAGCAGUAGCAGCAAUGCGGUCUUCCAGGAGUCCAAAUCGAACCUAAGGCAGAGUCGCUCCGCUUCACUAGAUGACGAACACGAACAGCGACGCUCAUCGCUCAUCGAGCAUGCCAAAAGCGAAGAUCAACUGCGUGAAGAAGAAUCGCGUGCGCAGCGACGUAGUAUGCAUGCCAGCGGCUUGUCAUCCAACUCGUCGCCGAUGCUUAGCUCCAGCUCAAGUGGUGGCAAUUACAAUGGCAAUUCAGCAUUGUCAAAUAGUAGCACGCAUGGCGAGCGUUCAUAUGGCGCGGCAUUGGAAGUAUCCGCGUCGGCGUCCGCCUCCGCCACAGCUUUGUCGUCCAAUAAUUCCAAUCACAAAUUGGGUGGCAAUCGUGUGAUGCAGACGAAUAGCGCAUGUCUGAAUAAUUUCCUCUUUCCAGUUCUUACGGAUAUUCAACGAAAGUACGCCAAUUCGAGCAAAAAUUCAAACGUUACGGACAUUGGUGACUUAAAGUCAGUAUUGGAAUUGGCCGAGCGUAGCAGUCCAGGUGUCAGUGAUUUGUUCCUGAAAGAGAUAAUUCACAAAUUAGUUCCAGGCUACUCAGAGACGCGUAUUAACAAUAUUAUGGACAGGGCUAUCAGAAAUAAGAAGUAAACGAACACAAUGGUACAUGGACUGAUUUUAAAUAAAAACAACAACAACUAGAAAUAUCUGAAGGUUACGAUAUUUAAAUAAUAAAUAUACCAGUUUGGAGCAAUUGGAACAUGUGCAUAUAGCAAAUAUUUUAGAAAUUGCGGCAAAUGCGCAAGUAAGCGAUAUAACACUUUAAAAAGAAAAGAAAAAGUAACUCCAUACCUAAAUAAAUUUAAAUAUAUAUUUAAAAGAAAUUUAACAAAAACAAAAAUACGAUAAAACCACAAAAACAACAGUGUACUACCCCCGCAAUAUUGUUUGUUAUGAUAGUGUAAUAUUUAUUGGAUUCCAAAUAAAUCGUUGUCACACUGAUGCGUGCCGCGAUAAGCUGUUAGGUUCUCGUUUGAAGAUUAAUUAAUUGUAGAUAAUUUGAUGAAAUCAACUAUUGCAUAUGAUGGUACAUUAAUUAGUGUGAAUGUAAAAUGCAAAAUACAUAUUAAAUUUAAACAAUUCUUAUAUAAAACAAACAAAAAUAAACAAAACAAAUUGACUUAUUUGUGUAGUGUUUAGCUAAAUCCGCUGCUGUGAGAGGUACGCAUGUUUGCUGUACCACCACCACAAUUCCACACACGGUUUUCUAAUAUAUAUUUCACAAGUUGAUUUUUUUUUUUGCAAAGGAGGGUAAACUAGUGCUUUAAUUUUAAUUUAAAUUGCACCUUAAUCCUACUUUUAGUCCUAAAAUAAGAAUACAACGUCAAAAAGUUCUUUAAUUUCAAUUUAAACUGCAUCGAAAUCUUAAUUUUUUAAUUUUUCCAUAUUUUUUAUAUGGAUCUUUUAUCUCUAAAGUGGAAAUACAUACAACUUUGAAAAAGUGAUAUUCUAAUACAAAACAUUCCGCUUUACAAAAAAUGUCUGAAUAUUUUUUUCAUAAACUCAUGCCUUUAAAAGUUAUACACAAUUAAAAUUAUGCAUCAAGGCAACUGAGCAUUCAUACAAGUGAUUUAUACAUUAUUUCUUGCUCAUACGACAUGGUGUACUGUAUGAAUACAGCACGUUUAUGAUUUGCUGUAUAACUUUUAAGGGAAUGCAUUUAUGAAAAAACGUUCAGAAAUUUUUUGCAAAGCGAUUAUACAAAAGUGAUUUUUUACAUUCUAUGUUGCUCAUACGACAUGGUGUACCCUGUGAAUAGAGUGCAUAAUAUUAACUGCGUAUAACUUUUACAGGAAAGUUUUCAUGAAAAAAAUGACGGGAGUCUUUUUUUUAGAACACUAAAUUUUC